GCUGCUUACAGCCAGAGUCAGAAACUGGGAAACUAGAAUUCCUGCUGCUGUGAGGAAAUAUCUGCCUUGAGUGAAGUUUGACAAAAAAUGUUACAGCGGUUUUGUCUCUGGGAACGGUUAGCUGUAGGGAUUGCAGUUGCUACUAUCUUAGCAGGUUGUUUGGCCCAGAAUGAUGAAGACUGGCAAUAUGAGGAUUGCAAAUUGGCCAGAACAGGUCCUCCAGCCACAAUAGUUCCUAUUGAUGAAGAAAGUCGGAACGGCACUAUCCUGGUUGACAAUAUGCUGAUCAAAGGGACAGCAGGAGGGCCGGACCCCACCAUUGAACUCUCCUUAAAGGACAACGUUGAUUACUGGGUGAUCCUCGAUCCUAUCAGCCAGAUGUUAUACCUAAAUAGCACUGGCCGAAUUCUGGACAGAGAUCCGCCAAUGUCCAUUCAAUCCAUUGUGGUGCAAGUCCAGUGUGUUAACAAGAAGGUUGGCACCAUUAUCAACCAUGAAGUGCGGAUUGUGGUGAGAGACAGGAAUGAUAACUCGCCUCGGUUCCAGCAGCAGCGGUACUAUGUGGCAGUAAACGAGUUAACUCCAGUUGGAACAACCAUCUUUACAGGAUUUUCUGGAAACAAUGGUGCUACUGAUAUUGAUGAUGGUCCAAAUGGCCAGAUAGAAUAUGUCAUCCAGUACAAUCCUAAUGACAAGACUUCCAACAGGACCUUUGAUAUUCCUCUCACUUUGUCUGGAGCAGUAGUUCUACGGGAAAGACUAAAUUAUGAAGAAAAGACUCGUUAUUUUGUCAUUGUUCAAGCAAAUGACCGAGCCCAAAAUCUUAAUGAGCGAAGGACAAGUACAACCACCCUGACAGUAGACGUGCUCGAUGGGGACGAUUUGGGACCAAUGUUUCUUCCUUGUGUCUUGGUGAAUAAUACUCGUGACUGUAGACCUCUCACCUACCAAGCGAGCUUGCCAGAACUGACUGAUCCUGCACGUGUGAAUCCCAUCAGUGUCACUCCACCCAUACAAGCCAUAGAUCAGGACCGAAACAUCCAGCCUCCUUCUGAUCGACCGGGCAUCCUCUAUUCCAUCCUAGUUGGUACUCCUGAGGAUUAUCCACAGUAUUUCCAUAUGAAUCUCACAACAGCUGUACUGACACUCCUAAAGCCAAUAAAUAGGGAUUUACACCAGAAGUUUGACUUGGUUAUUAAGGCUGAACAAGACAACGGCCAUCCUCUUCCUGCCUUUGCCAAUCUGCAUAUUGAAGUCCUUGAUGAGAACAAUCAGAAGCCUUACUUCACAAGAUCUACGUAUGAGGGCUUCAUCCUUGAAUCCUCCCCAGUGGGAACGACCAUCUCUGAUAACCAGAAUCUGACUUCUCCGCUACAAAUUGUAGUGUUGGACAACGAUGUGGAGGAGACCAAGGAUCCCCAGCUCCAUCUCUUUCUGAAUGAUUACAAUACGUUUUUCACUGUGACUCAGAGUGGCAUCACCCGCUACCUCACCCUGCUGCAGCCUGUUGACAGAGAAGUCCAGCAGCUUUACACCUUCUCGAUGACAGCUUCUGAUGGUGUACAGGAGAGUGUCCCAGUGACAGUCAAUAUCUUGGUGAUUGAUGCAAAUGAUAAUUCCCCAACCUUCUCCAAUAUAUCAUACAAUGUCAAGAUUUAUACAGAUAUGAGGCCUGGGGAAGGCGUUAUAAAGCUCACCGCUGUAGAUGCGGACGAGGGACCCAAUGGACAGAUAGUAUAUGAAAUUUUGGCUGGGGAUCAGGGAGACUUCAUCAUCAAUGACCGAACAGGCCUUAUCACCAUUGCUCCAGGAGUUGUAUUGUCAGUGGGGCGAUCCUAUGCUCUCACUGUCAAAGCAUCUGAUAGCGCUCCUCCUGCGCAGAGAAGGAGCUCUAUUACUACUGUUUACAUUGAGGUCCUUCCACCCAACAACCAGAGCCCUCCCCGCUUUCCCCAGCUGAUGUACAGCCUUGAAGUCAGUGAGGCCAUGAGAAUUGGAGCCAUUUUGUUAAACCUGCAGGCUUUUGAUAGAGAGGGUGACCCUAUAAGAUACCUCAUUCAGAAUGGAGAUCCUCAACAAGUUUUUAAUCUCUCUCAAAGUUCUGGACUGCUAGCCUUAGGAAAGCCCUUGGACAGAGAAAGCACUGAUCGCUAUAUUCUGAUUGUUACAGCCUCGGAUGGCAGACCCGAUGGGACCUCAACUGCUACUGUUAAUAUAGUGGUGACGGAUGUGAAUGACAACGGACCAGUUUUUGAUAUGUUUCUACCUAAAAACCUGUCUGUACAGGAAGAGGAAGCCAAUGCUUUUGUUGGUCAAGUAAGGGCUACAGACCCAGAUGCUGGUGUUAAUGGUCAAGUUCAUUACAGUUUGGCAAACUUCAACAAUCUUUUCCGGAUCACAUCAAAUGGUAGCAUUUAUACAGCAGUUAAACUGAACAGAGAAGUAAGGGACUAUUAUGAACUUAUUGUUGAAGCAACAGACGGAGCUGUGGACCCCCGCCGUUCAACACUAACUGUAGCGAUCAAGGUGCUGGAUAUUGAUGACAACAGCCCUGUUUUUACUAAUGCUUCCUACACUGUCUGCGUGCCAGAAAAUCUACCACCAGGCACUGUCUUCCUGCAAAUAGAGGCAAAGGAUAUUGAUCUUGGUUCUGAUGUUAACUAUCGAAUACGGACACAGGAAGCACUACAGUAUUUUGCACUGAACAAAUACACAGGCGAGUUAUCACUUUUGAAGUCCUUGGAUUAUGAAUCAUUCUCUGACACAGAAGCAACCUUCACCUUUCUUGUGGAAGCCUUCGAUAGCAAGGGCACUAUGCCUCCUGGUCUCGCUACUGUCACAGUGAGAGUAAAGGAUAUGAAUGAUUACUCUCCAGUAUUUAGCAAAAAGCUCUACAGGGGAAUGGUUGCUCCUGAUGCAGUCAAGGGCACCGUUAUCACUACUGUUUCAGCUGAGGAUCAAGAUCCUCCGGGCACACCAGCAAGUCGAGUCCGAUACAAAGUAGAUGUUGCCCAGUUUCCUUACAGCGCCAGCAUUUUUGAUGUGGACGAAAACUCAGGACGUGUAGUAACCCGAGUAAACCUAAAUGAAGAGCCAAGUACAGUGUUCAAGCUAGUGGUCAUUGCGUAUGAUGAUGGGGAUCCUGUGAAGUUCAACACCACUACCGUAGAAAUUGCUGUACUGCAGCCUUCAGUAAUUCCACGGUUUACGCAGGAUGAAUACAGACCCCCGCCAGUGAGUGAAAGUGCACCGAAAGGAACUGUGGUCACAGUUGUUACAGCGGCCGCCUUGAACCAGACAAUUGUAUAUUCAAUUGUGUCAGGAAAUGAAGAGGAUGUGUUUGCUAUUAAUAACAGAACAGGCGUGAUCUCAGUUAAAAAGUCUCUGGAUUAUGAAAGUGUGGAAAGUUAUGAGCUUCGAGUUCAAGCAGACUCCUUACAAGUGGUACGAUCCAAUCUGCGUGUCCCUUCCAAAAGUAAUACAGCCAAGGUAUUUAUUGAAGUAAAGGAUGAAAAUGACCAUGUGCCUGUCUUUACCAAAAAAAUGUACAUUGGAGGAGUGUCUGAAGAUGCCAAAAUGUUCUCUUCUGUGCUUAAAGUUAAGGCUGAUGAUAAAGACACUGGGAAUUACAGUGCCAUGCAAUACAGACUCAUCAUUCCUCCAAUCAAGGAUGGUAAAGAAGGUUUUGUGAUUGAAGCUUACACAGGGCUAAUAAAAACUGCUAUGCUGUUCAAAAAUAUGAGAAGAUCCUAUUUCAAGUUUCAGGUCAUUGCAACUGACAAUUAUGGAAAAGGACUGAGCAGCAAAGCAGAAGUACUUGUCUCUGUGGUCAAUCAGUUGGAUAUGCAAGUCAUCGUCUCUAAUGUUCCUCCCACCCUUGUGGAACAAAACAAAGAUCAACUCAUAGGGAUUUUGGAACGCUAUGUCCAAGAUCAGAUUCCCGGUGCGACAGUCGUGGUGGAAUCCAUCGGUGCGCGGAGGUUUGGGGAUGGGUACUCUGAAGAGGAUUACACCAAGUCUGACCUCAUGGUCUACGCAAUUGACCCGCAGACGAAUAGAGCUAUAAUGAGGAACGAACUUUUUAAGUUCCUGGAUGGCAAACUGCUGGAUAUCAAUAAAGAGUUUCAGCCGUACCUGGGGCAGGGGGGACGCAUCCUGGAGAUCCGCACUCCAGACGUGGUAGCGAACGUCAAGAAGCAGGCGCAAGCCGUAGGCUACACGGAAGGCGCGUUACUUGCUCUGGCCGUCAUCAUCAUCCUGUGCUGUAUGCCAGCUAUUUUAAUAGUUAUGGUCAGCUACAGACAAUUCAAAGAGCGGCAGGCUGAAUGCGCAAAGACUGCGAGAAUCCAGAUGGCUUUACCAGCAGGCAAACCAGCAAGCACCGCUGCCAAUAACCUCUAUGAAGAGCUUGGCGACAGCACCAUGCGAGGAUAUGCACAGCAAGAGCAACAGCAGUUGCUGAGACCUUCUCUUCUCAGACCAGAGGAGUUAAGUAUGGAGUCUGGAAUUGACCCAGGGCAGGAGUACUAUGGGCAAGAUUACUACAGUUAUGAGCAUGGGUAUGAGCUGCCUCAGUAUGGGAGCCGCCGCCGAUUGCUCUCUCCUUCGGGGAUGUACGAUGAGUAUGGGGAAGUCGUGGUGGAGAAUGAUGGUGGCUACUACUAUAGUCCGCAUGGAUCGACAGCAGAAGAGGGGAUGAGUCAAGGCAGAGGUCCUUCAAGCAGAGGUAUAAGCCAGAGAGCAGGGCCUCAAAUAGAAGGUAGACCUUUAGGUGAUAGGAUGGAUCUAAGACAUGGUUCUGGAAGAGCAUAUAGGACCAGCCAGGGAAAAAGGAAACUAAAAGCAGUGAUGCAUUUAAGUCGCAUAGCAGUCAGUGCUCACAAACCAGUAGGAAGAACUGAGUCUGCUCGUUCUCCAUGGAAGAAAGCAAGGAUCUUCCCGAUGAUUCUGCAGAAAGUGAAAGGCAGUAGGAAAGAUUCCAGUUAUGCCAAGUUGAUGUCAGCUCGCCAAGUGGACGGUGAGAAAAGCAUGAUUAUCAGGGGAAGUUACUUCCAGAAAUCGACAGAUGACAGACCUUCGAUGAGAAAACUAAAUCAUGUGUUAAAACGCAUUAGUGUCUCCAGAAAAUUUCAAGAGCCUAUUAGCAAAGAUGCAGUGCGUGCAAGAGGAAAAGGAGAGGAAGAAUAUGAAGGAGAUGAAGGCAAAUCAGGAGUUUCAAUAAAUAUCACAGCGGAGAGUGAACACGAGGAUAGUGAUUAUGAGAAGAAGAAAAAGAAGAGAAGAAAAUACACUUCGGAUGAAUCAUCCGUGAAGAGUAGUAGCUCUGGCUCGGAGUCAGAAGACAAAGACUACUUGAAAGUAACUCUGGACCAAGAUGAAGCCACUGAAAGUACUGUGGACUCGGAUGAAGAAACUGGGCGCGAUUUUGGGGAUUCUGAUGACGACUCUGGAUCCAGCUCUAGCAGUGAAUCGGAGGAGGACUCAUCUGAAGAGGACGAUGAUGAGGAAGACUCUGACAGUGAUGAAGAUGGUAGCCUGUCAAAGAGCUCAUCUACACGAAGUUCAUACAGCAAAUCAGGGACUAGUGAGUCCAGUAGUAGAAGAAGCACUGAAAGGUCCAGUAUAAAAAGUAGGGGAGGUAGCUCUCGUGGCAGAGCGAGGCAAUCCAGCCAGAAAUCAAAUAUUAGCUCUAAUGCAUCAGGUAGUGACAGGGACAUGAGCUACAGGAAAACUUCAGGAUCCAGCUAUAAGAGCAAAACCUCCUCCGCCAGCCUUGAAAUAGAAGACACGAUAGAAGAGGUGUCAGAAGAAGAUGAACAAGCGGAUGUGGAGCAAGUCAGCGCAAGCCCCGAUGAGACGGCAGAUAACUCAAAUAAGGCAGUUUCUGAAACAUCUGCCAAGGCAAAAACUGUUGCUACUGAAGAAGACAAGAGAGGAAAAUCAGCUAUUAAUGGUGAGGAUAGCGUGGGUGAAAGCACGGAAGAGGUUGAUACAGAUGCUAGUGACAGGGAGGAAACUAUCAGUAAGAAUGAAUCUUCUUGCCUAGAAAGUGAAAUCAGUGUUACUUCCAAAGGUACUGAAGGGACAAAAAGCACAGCGAGCGCCACUUCUGGUAAAACUGCCACUUCCCCUGAUACUGAGAAUCAAAGUUCUGACACCAACGUGAGCAGAAAGAAAAUAAGAAAAAAGAUGUCCCAGGAAAACAGUCAGUCUCAGUCAGAUGAGACCCUGGAUACUGCCGUUACGGAGUCAGAGACUACUGGUGAUUCUACAUCCUUUUAA